AUGGAAUACGAUUUUUUUCAGACACCACCUGAAACGACUGCUAGUGACGGAAGUCGCCAUGCUUCUAUACCAGAGUACGAUAAACAAGUGAGGUCCGGGAGACUGCACAGCGCGAGUGAGGGUAGAAACCGGUAUCAAGCCAACACACAAUGGCAGAGGAGAUUCUUGGUGGUCACACAAUUGUACAAAAGUCAGAAGGAUAUUCCAGAAUACGUCGCUGUUCCCACAAUGAAUCGUAUGCACAAUCGAAUGCGCGCGAUUUGUAUUACUGUAGCUGUUCUACUAUUCUACUUCAUCUUCCACACUGCACGAUUUUCCACGGAAAGCAAGAUGAUCAGAGAUCGCGAGUCUGUGUUGUCUACGAAAAGAUAG